GUUGUUGUUUUUCUGAGUGCUGCAGCACCGUUCGUUUCAAAUCAACGAUACGAGCUUCCAAGUUGGUUACUCUGUGCGGAGUUGUUUCGUUUGGUCGCGUCGGUCGAAGGAGUCGGUUGUUCGUUUUCGUGCGCUCAAGUAACGGUAAGCGCGAAUGCCUCCGCCAGUUCUACUGUUAUUUUAACUCAGGACGUCCAUGCGUCCCUGCGUUUCUACGUCCCUGCGCCUUCCUGUCUCUGUGUAUGUGUGGGAGACAAACAAAUAGCAAAACGAGAAGGAAAACCAUAGAGAGGAAUUCCGCAAAAAGGGGGGUGGCGAACAUCCUGUUUUUCUGCGCCCGCUGCCAGAGUAACCACCCCCUCUCAGGGACGACAACAACAAAGUGGACUUGAGAAUAUAAGCGAAAAACUGAAAUAAAUAUACGUACGAACUUUAACUGCGCCAUUUGUACUUCGCAACAACAAAUGAAAAAAAUAGAAGCAUAACUAUAAAAUUGUAUGUAUGUGUGUGACGAAGAGAACAAAACCAACAACAAAAAACCGUUGCGAAGAAGAUUAUUUAUAAAAAGCUUCGGCGUCCGUAAAAAAAAACCAAUCGAAGGAUGUAAUAUUAAAAGGCAGGCAAAGUGAAGAAGUGCAAAUUAAAAAGAAAAGACAAUAAAAAGCAACAACAUUUAAUUGGACUCUAAAGCUACAACUUCAAAACUGUUUAAUGAUGCCUAAUAUACUUUUGUAAUCCGCAAUCAAACCAUCAAAACAUGCUGCAAAAUCGGUUGGGAAUUAUAUGAAUUCCUCCCAUUGUUGGAUUGCAUCAUUCGUCGAGGGCGUGGUCUAGCAUUAAAUGUAAUGUACAGCCGUCAAGCAGGGCCUUCCAUCAUUCACACAUCAUCAUCAUCAUCCGAGCCAUCAUCUCCAGGCCCAAUAACACAAUGUCCACAACAGCAGCUGGACUAAAGUCGGGAUCCAAAGGAGCCUACGGCGUCAGGUCGGAGACGGAUCACAUCAUAACCAUCAGCACUGCCAGCUUGACGGAGUCGCACAGCGAAAAUCCCGUAAAGGGAGUAGUGACUCCAGUAAGGAAGCCCCAUUCCCUGGGAAGUGAAGAUUCCCCAGAAAACAUAAUUCCCGGUGAACAGGCUGAGCCAGAUAAAAAACCCCUGCACUUGUGCCGGCUCUCGCAGCUGGUGAGCUACCAGAGUAACAUCGCUGAUGUCCAGCACCGGAAGGGAAGACGCCUACACGGCUUGCAGCUGCCACUGCAUCCCCUCCAACUUUUUGGUUGGCUCGUCCUCCUCCUGUUUGGAGUGGCUAGCUACUGGGUGCUCAUUCCGGCCUUUCAUGCCCGCAUACAAGGACCGCUCUACGGACUAAUCACCGGGCUCUAUCUGGUGCACAUCGCCUCUCAUUUGACGGCUUUACUGACAGAUCCUGCGGACAAGGAGUUGCGGCGAGUGCAUCGGAACGAUCGGAUUGUCCCGGAAUUUGACCGGUCGAAGCACAGUCACGUGAUAGAAAACGGUCGGUGCCAUCUGUGCAACAUCCGGACCUCUUCGAGCCGCACCAAGCACUGCUCCGUGUGCAACAAGUGCGUGGGCAAGUUUGAUCACCACUGCAAGUGGCUGAACCACUGCAUCGGAUCGCGUAACUAUGUGGCCUUCCUGAUGUGCGUGGUCAGCGCUGUGGUGGCCACCCUGGUCAUCGUGGCCGCCGUGGUGGCCCAGAUCGUUUUCUACUAUAUCCAGCCAGACUGGUUAAGCUUCUACUGGUGCCCCACGGAUUCGAGCCACACAAUUGAAAGCGACGACUUCAUAAACAUCACCUUAAGCCUGGGCAACGGCACCAUGAUGCUGAUAGAGCAGCACACUUCGGAGGAGGACGUUCAUCAGGAAAUGUGGGACGAGGAGCAGGCAAAUAUGACCAUCUCGACUCUGCCCACUCUUCUGGAGAAUUUUACAGCUCUUAUAGAAGCGAGCUCAACGCAGCCUGGAAUUAGCCCCACGAAUCACACCGUAACGCAGCCAGUAGUGACCGGAAUCGGAUUAAACGAAACCAUUUUCCUGUUCCUGCUGGGAGUUCUGGGACUGCUCGCCGCUGUGAGUGCGGGUUUGUUGCUCCACCUAUGCUUCUUUCACAUCUACAUCUCGUUCUUGGGACUGACCACCUAUGAAUACAUUAGGAACCACCGUCAGGCUCAGGAUGCCAAGACCAAGCAGCUUCUGGAGGGAGCUCCCGGCGUGGGGGCGCCCAAAAAUGGAAACGUACACUUCUCGGCUUCAUUGCCCGAGCCACAUAAUCCGUCCAAGUCCUUGCCAGGAGGUCAGCAGCUUUACUGCUGUUCCAGUGCCCCACAUCCAAGCCAGCACUCACAGGAAUCGGUUGGUCAAACAGAGCAAUCCCUGCGGUUGCAUUGCUGUGCAAGCUCCAGGGAGUUCCACCAGAGCGGGCAGGCUAUCUACGUUUGCUCGCUUCUGGAGGAGGCAGUUCCGCAAAUCCAAGUUGAACCGGAUACUCUGAGUAGCUUCCAUUGUUGCUCUAGCUUUGCAGCUAGUUCCCUGCAGCGCAGGGUCAGCUUGGCUAAAGGAUCGCUGAUCUCAGCCGAGCCACGUCAUCUGAGACCAGCGACUUAUCUGCAAUACACCGAGCAGUGUACCCUCUGCACUUUCCGCCUAAGAAGAGGAUCAGGACCAGGGACAGGAUCUUCAGGAGCUGUAAGCAGCGCCGGUGGUAGCAGUAGCACUCGCACAUUGACCAGCCAAACUGGCGGCUCCUCCGCUUCGGCCACAGCAGCCGGCAAUAUUUCCAAGCAUCAGCGGUGGCGAAGGAAAUGGAAUUGCUGCGCCGCCGUACCAGAUAGCCCCGACUUGCCCAAUGACCUUCUUGCUGCCCUAACGUUUCGCGAAAGCGAGGAAGCAGCAGCGGCAGCCAAAUUAAACGCCCAGGAGCUGCCUAUCCAGUUCAUACGCACGCUUAACGGCGGCUUGGACCAGGAGCUGCCUCUGAAGACAACAACAGCCACUCCCACGCCACCUAGAAGUUCCCGUCUCCGCUACAUGCUGCGUCUACUGGGACGCUAUCGAAGACCACGCUGUCGCCAUGGGGCCCAUCAUGGAAUCGCUGCCAAAGAGCACCAGAAUAUCGGUGGCUCUGCAAUAAAACAAAAUCAAAUACGUCCGCUGCAAUUGCAGGCAGCUGGGCGUGGCUAUGCUAAUUCGACUGCCACGCCAACACCGCCCGCAAGUUCGCCAAGCAGAAGUUCCUUGGAGAGCAGCGACCUGAGCACCAGCACGAGCCCUUCGUGCGGCAACAAGGAGCUGAUGCUGCUGCCCACAUCCGUGAUAAGGGAUGACAGCGUGACCACGUAUACGCUGACCUUGCCGCCUGCCCUGCCACCGCCGACGAGGAGAAAAAUGAACCAGACCACCCAAGAGCUGGCGGAGUUGGCUGAAACCUUGGGAUUCGCCAGCAAUUUGCAGCACAGUCAGCACAACAGCCAGACGAACAGCCGAACGUUGCCCAGUUUCGGGAAUGUCUAUCGCCGACAGAGGCGGAAGCACUUCUUGCGGACACGAUCUCCCACACUAUCGCCCAUCCACGAGUCCGGCCUGUCGAAUCCAACCUCGCCCCAGCCCCUGAGGCACCACCACCAGAAUCUAGCCAACUCGAACUCCAAUCCGGCCAAAGCCAUGUCCUCGCCUACGCUUAAUCGCAACUCAGGAUCUGCGAACUCCUCGGCACUUCUAGUCCAGAAUCUGUGCAGCUUGGCCGGGGAAACGCUGAGGAAGACCGCGUCCAACAGUUCCCUGCAGAGUCUCAGCUCCAAUUCGAGCAGCACCUAGAUGAGUGUCUGUUUCUCUUUAGUCCUUAGGUUAGCUUUAACCUUAGCCAUAGUCCCGCAAUCUGCAACCCAAGAAGUUCUGCGAAGUUUCGGAAAUCAAUUAAUCCGCACAUAAGCGUGGAAAGUCAUAACUAAAAUCAAUUACGCUCGAAGAGGAGUGGGAGUGGAUUGGGAGGUUAACUGUCGGGGCCUGUAAAGGAAAUUGCCUUUGAUGCGAUGCGGUUUCAUUGCCAAACUUAAUUACCGCUUUUGGUCGAAGUUCCUUUGUCUGAGUUUUUGGAUUGCAUAUUUGGUUUAUUAGGAGUCUGGUGUGGAAAUACAUUGAAAUUUAUUGGAUUUAUUGCAAAGACAGAAUUUUAUGUCCUUUAUCACGCAGCAAAGUUAUUAGUUUUACUGAUAAUUUUAAUAGAUUGCUAUGAACGGUUUUGUUUAAUAUAUAUGUAAGAUUGUUUAUUAUUAUUGUUUAUUAUUAAUUUAAUUAUUAGUUUAAUUCUAAAUGCGGUAAUUAUAUAAAGUAUUCUUAGUUUGUGACCGAACGACUGCUGCUGAGAACUCGACUGACUGCAACGCUGACUUCCACUCCACUCCCCUGCUGCCUUGCGAUCGUUCCUUCGAUGACUGAUUGUCGAUAACUUCGAUUUCCGACAAUCAUGUUGCUGCUCAACAGCGCUGCCAACCGGGUUGUUGCCAGCCUUCAGCCUUACUCCAUGUUACAUUCGGCCCUCCUGAUCAUCAUCAUCCGACCCGGAUGACAAUAGGUCUGCAUUUUCGGCUAUGUACUUUUUUACCUUGUAUUCCAAAUGAGGAAUAAAAAAUUGCUGCUGUAUGCUAUGCAUCGUCUUUUGCAACGACAAAUGGCCAACUUCAUGUGCGCUUUGAAUCACCUCCCUCUCCAUUAGUGCAGGGACAACUAGUAGUUCAUUGCCAUUGACCAUACUAUACAACAGGCCACCUUUUAGCUUGUAGGGUUGGAAUAGACGAUCUUUUAGAAUUUCCAGGAUUGCUCUAAUUGAAUCAUCGUUCUGCUGCGACUUUUUAAUACGUGCUGUCAACUCGGAUGUUAUCAUCAUGCAUGCUUGGGGAUGGCGGCUUAAAAAAUCAACGUGUCUCAUUCUUUCUCCUGCACGAUGUUCGGGUUGAAAAUUAAAAUCCUGCAUAUAGAGAAUCCAUGGGCCAACUUCUCUUGGGACAUCUGCUUUUUUUGUUGUCUGUUUAAAUGCGACACAGUCCGUGACGAGCUUGAAAGGGACUCCCAAUAAAUAGUGUCUGAACUUUUUCAGAGCUAAGUAUGCGGCUUUUACUUCAAGGUAGUAACUAUGACGAUUUGAUUCGGCUUUUGUAGUUUUUCUGCUCCAAAAGCAGACUGGGUGAAAACUGCCUUCGAACUUCUGCAAUAAAACGGCUCCUAACCCGUCCUUAGAGGCAUCUGUAUGAAGUUCGGUUUCUGCUUCUCGUCCGUCAGUGGUCUCGCAAUUUGGGCGUAUCCAGGUAUGAAUUUUCUGAAGAAUCCUGUGAGACCCAGAAAUCCUUGAACGGCUUUUACAUUCUGAGGUGUUCCAAAGGAAUUCACUGCUGAUGUUUUCUCUUUUCCAGGGCAUAUUUGUCCACCUUCGAUAAUAUGUCCCAGGAAAUGAAUUCGCCUCUGCAUAAAGUUGCACUUCUUCCAUUUUAUUUUUAGACCAAAUUCUGCAGCUCUCUUAAGUACCAUUUCCGUCUUUUCCAUGCAUUCUUCUGGGGUAGCGGCAUAUACAAUUAUGUCAUCCAUAUAUAGCUGCAUUAUAUUGGAAUUGAUUAGUUCUUGAAAAAUAAAUUGAACGAACCGUAUAAACGCUGCUGGGGAAUUCUUAAAACCAAAGGGCGCUUUGUUAAACUCGAAUAAGCCUUCUCGGGUAACAAAUGCUGUGUACGGCUUGCUGGCUUCUUCUACGGCCACAUGAAAAAAUCCGUUCUGUAAGUCCAUGGUUGUAAACCAUUUGGCACUCUGCAGUUUUUCAAGCACCUCCUCCAUUAUGGGUACCGGAAAACAAUCCAUCAGAACCAUGGUGUUCAAUUUUCUAUAGUCCACGCAAACGCGUAGGGUACCAUCCUUUUUCUUGACAACGACUAUGCGACUGGCAACAUUUGAUGUAGAUUUACGGACGAUUGACUGCUCGACCCAUUCCUCUACCUGCUUCUUUACAGCUAUAGCUUCUUCUUCAGAUAGUCGGGUGUGUCCAUGGCGAAAGGGUUUAAUCACGCCAUCAGGAAUAAUUUUGAGUUCGACUGGACAUUGCUUUAUCUGCUUGGGUGGUGUUUCGUAUGUUCUCUCUAUCAUGCGUUCAACGUCUUCUCGGUAUUGUGGUGCAACUGUAAAAGAAGAUUCUUCACAAAUAUUAAACAUUUGGGAAUACUCAACCGCUUGUUUUUUAUCUGCUUCCAGGUCAAGAAAAGUAUAGCCUUCUGCACUACAGAUAAGACGAAACUUGCUGAUAAAAUCGUGUCCCACUAUUCCAUCGCAACUGAAUUUAGAAUCGUGGACGACUAAAACGUUGUGGCUUGCUUCCACCUGGUCGGUCUUGAUUAAUGCUCUGAAGCAUCCAAUCGGCUGUGUUGAGGCAUUUCCCAAACCUCGCAAUACUGUUGCAGUGCGGUUUAAAUCAACAUCUUUCAUCUUCUUGAAUAUAGCUUCUUUAAUUAUGGUCACAUCUGAUCCUGUGUCCACCAGACAGUUGAUGAUAAUCCCAUUUAUGAUUACUGGCUUUGUUCGUGCACUAUCAACGUGAAUGCGCAUGCUGUUUACUUUUUCCGGACACUUGCUUGAGAUAUGGCCCUCUUGAUUACAGCUGAAACAUUUGGUAGGAAAUGUACAAUCCUUUCGUUUGUGUUCCCUCGAACCACAGUUGAAGCAGUGAUCUGCUUUUACACCUUGUGUAAUUUGCUUUGGUUUUGGUUGAAUAUUCGGCUUGUCAACAAUAUUCAGACUCUCGUAGAUUUCGAAUUCUUGCUUUAAUUCCUUAAGAGUUUUACAACGGAGCAUAGCACCCUUAUACUCCUUUUUAAUGUCGAGGCCGUUUACGAUAUGAGUUAUCAAAGCAACUGUUUCAACUUCACCUAAGGCUGCUAUUUUCUUCAUUUGUAACAAAUAGUCGUGUAGAGUUUCCUCCCUCUUCUUCUUCCUGUCUUGCAACUUUUUGUGAAUAACGGCGCUAUUAUAGCUGCCUGAAAAUUCUUCAAUUAGUAACUCUUUGAGUUCAGUGUAUCCACUGACACAUUCAGAUUCUAAGAAAAGUUCUGCUGAUCCAAUCAUCUUACUUCUGGCUUGAACAUAUUUUUGUUUCUCCGAAAGUUCAUAUGCCUCGGCAUUUUUCUCAAAAAUUUCAAACCAUUUUUUAAUAGGAAUUGAUUUGCCAUCACAGUCACUUACAACUUUUUCAAAUUUUUCUGCAGCGAUAAUUACUUGCCCCUCUUGUUUAGAUUUUGCCAACAUGCUCUGGGUUAGAGUAUUCAUCAUUUGUUCAAAUUUCUCUUCGACUUUAGCACUAGCGUCUUUAUUCUGCUUCUUUGCCUCUGCUUCUCCUACAGGCGCCAACUUUUGAUCUUCUUCGUUCAUUUUUUCUUUUCUGCUUUCGUCCUCGCUUUCGUUCUCUAGAAUUGCUUGUAUUUGGUCGGUGUUAAGUUUUUUAUUUGUAGGUGGUGUACGUGUGAACAUUCCGCGACAAGGCACUAACACCAGCAAACAACGACAAUGUUCUAACGGCGCGACGGUAGUCGAUUUUGCAGACGGCGCCACCGGUUAAAAGACAAAUUUUGAUUUUCGUUAGAAACGAAUUUCACCACCUUUGCAAUUUAAUUGUUUUAAAUUCCACAACAGCAAAACGACUUGAGUCUGUAUGAGUUCAACCGAUUUUUUCAACUUUCAAUGCAGUAGACGUAGCCAUAACUUUACAACUUUAAAGACUAAAUCCACGCACACGACAAUUUCAACUUUAUCAGUUCUCUCUAGCAGCUUUCCCGACUUUUACCGACUUGUGUUCAAACAAAAUCUGUACAACUGAUUUUUCCAACUUUAAAUGCAAUAGAUAUAGCCACAACUUUACAACUUUUAAAGACUAUACCCACGCACACAACAAUGUCUUUUUUCUUUAAACAACUGCACCUUCAUAUAACCGAUUUAGGACUGGACGAGCCCCCAUGUAAGAUUGUUUAUUAUUAUUGUUUAUUAUUAAUUUAAUUAUUAGUUUAAUUCUAAAUGCGGUAAUUAUAUAAAGUAUUCUUAGUUUGUGACCGAACGACUGCUGCUGAGAACUCGACUGACUGCAACGCUGACUUCCACUCCACUCCCCUGCUGCCUUGCGAUCGUUCCUUCGAUGACUGAUUGUCGAUAACUUCGAUUUCCGACAAUCAUGUUGCUGCUCAACAGCGCUGCCAACCGGGUUGUUGCCAGCCUUCAGCCUUACUCCAUGUUACAUAUAUAUAUAUAUAUUUCUUAUAUUUCUCUUAAGCUCCUGUUUUCCUAACUUAAUCAUCAUAAGUUGACAUUUUUAGUCUCCAAAUGCAUCGAGCUGCUUUCUCCCAAACUAGACAUGUAUUUGCCAUCCUUUGAAUGACUUCGCAGUUGAGUUGAUAAAAUAUGCAACAGAAUGUACUCAAGAGUUCGAGCUGGGUGACUUUACUCAUUUUUCCUCACCCACCCCUUUGCUAGUAUUGAUUUUCAUUUUGGAAAGCGUGCAUGCGAAGGCGUCGGUUUAUUACGUAUUGUAUCUGCAGCUGAAGCUUCGUUUGUAUCUGAAUCCGUGUAGCCGUGUAUCUGGCGUCAUCCCACAACCAAAGAGGAGGAAAUGCAGCAUGUUGCCAAAUUGUUACGCAAAUGUUUUCAUUCGAUCUCAAUUCAAAUGUAGAGAAAACCCCCAUAAAAGACCUGACGAUGGCAAUUGUCUUGGGUUCUAAACUUGAUUUUGACGACUGUCCCUCGGCCCAUUAAAUAUUCCGAAACUGAAUAAUUAAAGCGACGCAAGUCAGGAAAACAAGGGACGGGAAACGGGGAAAUGGAACCGCGUCAAAAGCGUCAUUGGAUGAGUGCAUGUGCUCAUCCUCCUCAGUUGUCAGUCGGACUGCUACCCGGGCUUAGAGGCACUGUUAGGUAUACGGAUAGACAGCCGUACCGACACUCCGACUACGCACAUGACACUCCGGGAUUCAGGUGGUGCUCCUGCUUUUUAUUGCCCCAGACAGUCGGUGGUUCAUGUUAUUGAAACUGACAGCGGGGAAAGUCCAUUUUUAACCGGCUGGAGAUGAGCAGGUGGGAGUGCCAGUGGUGUCAGAUAGAUGGAUUGUUAUAGAAAGAAUCGCUUUGUGUUCGGAACGUGCCCGUUGAGUUCGAGGUUGAGCUUUAGUGCUCUUAGUUCCGACUAGUGACCAAUCUGGAUCAAUCCCUCAAUACAAACUUUCAAUUUGUGUUCUUCAAGAAAAGGGAUUCAUGCUCAUAUUCAUUUCAAUCACGAAUUAACGAAUUUAAGUUGAGUCCGCCUGUCGGCGGAUCGCAGCAAACUUGCCUGCAAAUGUUGCUGCCUUGCGGAGGUCCCCAUUCAUGGAUUCGGGUAAUGAGGGGUAGAAGAGUGUCAUUGAGCCCGUAUCCAAAAGAGGACUUGACUCCCAGCUGACAUGCAUUUUCGCAGGUGGCUUCGGGUCGAGCUCAGUUCGUUUCCAGUGACAAGAGACGGACGCCUGGUAAAUGACUCAAAAUAACAUAAUGCAGCGACUGUAAAUGGAUUUUCAAUGCACACCGUGCUGCACAGACGGUUGGAGCAACAAUUUUCCUACCUUCCCCAUUUCCCCCGUUUAUUUCCGCAAGCAUAACCCGCUGCAUACUUUCUAGGGCGUUCUGUGGCUCUGUGUGGGUGUGUUUUCGAUUGGAAUGACGUGGGUGUGCUGAUGUCCGUCUGAAAAUGUUUAAUUUGAUGGCACUUUGCGUUACCAAUCGAAACAGCUUUAAAGGGUACAUGCAGGUGAAAUGGCGCGACGUAGCGGAUAUUUAUUUUUAUAAAAAUAUAUUCGACUUUAAUUGCAUGUUCGUGUCAUGUUCCCCAGCUCCUGGCUAUUGGCCACGCCCCCCAAAAAGGGCGGGGGGCGUAGAGCGGACUGCCAGGCAACACCCUCGAACUUUCAGUUUGACUGCCGGUGGUGAAGUUUGUUUACGAGGCAUAAAGCAGAAAUAUUCAGAUUCUCGGCAAAUUUGGGGCGGGGCUGCUCCCACUUGACUGACUUUCCCUAUGGCAACAAAUGCACUACUCCUGCUGCUUUUGUUGUAGUUGUCGUCCUGGUGAUUGCCGUGCAUCAAUUAUAAAACAUUUUCUGUCCUCUGUCGCUAUGCUUUUUUGACAUGCAAGCCGAGACUGUUCUUCAUUUUCGGCAGACAAAAAGAGAAGCACUGGAAUUUGAAUUGGUCCUAAUUGAUAACCAAUUUGGUGUUAAUACCGAAUGAUUUUCUGCCUUUGUAUAUGCCACUUUUUUCGUAUGAUUAUUGUGCACAUGAUCGUAAAGCGAAAUAACUUCGUGUAUUGCAUUACUACCACAAACUUCGAGAUCCAUUUAUUCAAGUGUAAGAGCAACACCUUCCUUGAAAAGUGGUCUUCUUCUUGCUCGGUUUGCCUUUAGGACAGACGACUCAUGAUUGAUUGGGCCAGAAUUGGGUGCGAAGGCGCACCAGUGGAGACAGUUGCCCCCGCUCCAACCGCUCCUUUCCCCCACCGAGCUGUUAUUAGCUAUGGUAGUUAGGUUAGCUCCAACUCCCAGUCCACUUGGGCCAACACACUCCUUUUGUUUCGCCUUGUGCCCUGCAAUGACAUUUUCAGUUGCUUUGCUUUCCCCUUUUGGCUGGUUCAACGAACUUCGGGCUCUCGGCUCCUUUGUUGAAUUAUCAGCCAGGUGGAAUAUUCAGGACAUGCUGACUUAGGUGGAUACGACCGCUCUGCCCGUCUAAUAUGCUUUUCAAUUUAGUUAAUGACUCUUUGUAUCACUUCUGGGUAGUUCUAUCUGUAACGUAAGCUUAAACAAAUUAUCAAAAAAAAAGGGAGAAACAGAAAAAAAUGAAAAGUUUAUGAGACUGGAGUUGGGUAAAGAAUGUACGAAAACAAAUUAAAGAUUGAAGAGUAAACAAUAAUUAUAAUAAUUUAGCCAGGCCAAUUAAGUGUGAAAUUAAAAGCACGAUUAUAAAAAUCAUAUAUAUUUUGAUAAAAUGUGAAUAAACAGAUUCCAACAGGAGACAAAUUUAACUGAAGAAAUGCGAAAAUUCUUAUGAGUUCGCAACGAGAAAGGAAUAUAAGAGAAGAUUAUAGCCCCAGAAAGUAUGCUAUGAAUCAACGUGAAGACAUUUUGACAUUUGAAGACUAUGCUUUGUACCAUAAACAAAAAAUAAAAAUUGUUCAAUUGAAAAUAAAUUAAUGUUGGCUUAA